UUUGGCUCAGAUCCUUUAGUUGUCCGUGUCAACAGCGAUCGAGUCUCGUCACGUGAGGUCGAUGAAGUUGACUUCGCUGCUGGCCACUUUGCUGGGCGUGGGCUCAGCCUCCAACCUGCCCCCUGCGCCCCCGCCGCUGCCGCUGAAGCUCAGCAAACAAGCCUUCGCCACGGACGAGAUGGACUUCGAGAAGAAGCAGAAGUUUGAGGACUUGGUGGCGGGACCGCUGCACAGCGCCUCAGAUCUCGUGAGCGACAAGGUGGACACCUACCUCCAGCGCAUAGCGGACGUGGUCACCGAGAAGGAUGCGGCAACGAGCAGCAAAGAGAUGCUGGAGAUGGCCACAGACAUCCGGAAGCUGCUGGAUAAGGUAGUGCCCAAGCUGCUCUGGGCACGCGACAACAGCUCAGCAGUUGAAAGGGACAACCGGCCUUCCAACGCAUCACAGGCCACCAUCGCGCAGGACGUGCUGCUGAAGCUGGAGACCUACAGCAGCUGGGCCUGGCCUGUCAUCAUUGGCUACGCCAGGGAUGCCUACGACGAGAAGACGCUGACGGACGACAUCAAAGCCCGCAUGCAACGCGGCACGGACGGGUCUUUGAGCUACCUCAGCUCUGUGCUGCUGUACGCGUGGCAGGCGGCCAAAUUCCAGUUCCCAGUGGUGGAGGGUAUGAUGGCGAGGAAGGACAGCAACGGAGAGAUCUUGGUCAAGGCCGGUUGUGCCGCCAGCUAUGCUCAGCUUUUGGGGGACAUGACGCAGAUGUACUCGGAUCUGUCGGACUCCAAGCUGGAGUGCUUCCUGAAGGAUGGGAACCUCACCGACUGGCAGAAGUGCGCCGCUGACGCCGCCCACUCCCUCUACAAGGUGAACAUGGCCAUUGCCGAGGCGUCCAAUGCGAUGUGGCAGUGCUUUGGCAUCUAUUGGGGGUGCUCGCAGCUGGUGAACCAGGCCUACGCAGACCUUGCCAAGGCCUUGGGCGCCAGCUUGGAUAUGUCCAAGACCUGCAGCGGAGAGGAUGCCGAGCUUUGCAAGUCCUACGCCUUCAAGGUCUUGGGCACCUUGAGCCAAGGGGCAGGCCUUAUGGAGUCCGCCACGGAUGACUGCAGCCUCAAGGGAGCUUCGGGGAACUCUGCGCUGAACCCAUGGGCGGCGACUCCCUUCGAGCAGCGCAAGGAUGUGGAGACCACGCAAGCGAAAGUCUGAGCUGCCGAGAAAUUCUCAGCCCAGAGCAUGCUGUUCGGUCAAAAUGCGAUCCACGGUU